UCCAGGCCGGUUAUCUGCAAUAUUUUCGACAUUAAACGAAUUCAGAAAAUAUGGCGGAUAACAACAAGAAUGGAUACUUAACAGUUGCAACAAACUCCAUGAUUCAACAGCAUCUUGCGGCACAGUCACAGCAGAAACUCAAAAUGGACGAGCAACAAGUAAACUACAGCCUUAAAGUGCCCCAAGUUAACCACUCUCAGGAGUCUUUUACCAUGGUUCCAGAUGACGGGCUUGGCUACGACGAUGGUGUCAGAGUACUCCGCUCUAUUGGGACAUGGGCUCCAGAUUACUCGAGCAGCUCUAGUUCACAAAGUUACCAGCCUGAAAACUCCUAUAAUGAAGUGAAAAAGGCCUCGCCAUCUACCAACGCUUCCCAGACUCAGACCUACCAGAUGUCACUGCAGAAGCCCAAGCCCAAGGUGGAGAAUAACAAUAAGAGCUUCACCUGCACCGAGUGUGGGAAAGGCUUGGCUAGGAAAGAUAAACUUGUGAUACACAUGAGGAUCCACACUGGUGAGAAACCUUACGUGUGCGAAGUUUGUAAGAAGGCGUUCUCCCGACGAGACAAGCUGGUGAUACACAUGAACAAACUGAAGCAUCUGACUCCAUCGAACCUGGCCCCACUGUCCAAGCGUGUGCCAGACUCCCGCCCACCGCAGCCUCAGCACACUCUGGUGGCACCUAGGAAGGAGAUGAAGGACGAGAGCACUUCCAUGUCUCCCCCGCCACCUCCCCCACCUCACCCUUCCGUUAUGCCCCUGGAUACAACUACGUACUGCGGCCCGUUUCCUCAGCCAGACCAGAGCUACUGUCUGAUGUGUCAUCAGUCCUUCACCAAUAGGGACCAGUUUAUGUUCCAUCUGCGUACACACUUCCGCACCCCUGACUCCACACAAGUCUGCUCCUAAGUGACUCAGUAUCAUCACCUAGACAUGCUAAACGUAUCGAGCUAUGUCUGUAUUAGCUUUAAACUAUCCUGCCGACUAAAGCCCACCCUGGAAGAUGGUUAGCUGUAG